AUAAAUACACUGCAAACAUUCAGCUGCCGGACAACUCGACGACCCAAAGUCCCCUCGACCCCCGUCCCUCUACCAACCCAGACGCGGUCCUCUACUAACCCGUUCCAGCCCCGCCCGUCUCCUCCGUUACUCCGGACAUUUUCAAACUUUGACUCGUUUGGUGGCGCUGAACACAGGAAGUGGAUCAAUGCAGCCCCGCUAUGGGGCCGGCCUCCUAGUGGAUCGAUGGGAUGUUUGAUUCUGCAGUGGGGAGCCAUGCCCGCUGUCCCCGCCUCCAAGGACCCCGCCGCCGCCGCCAAGGCAUCCGGGUGUCCGCACGCCGCCAAGAUGGUCGCCAACGGAGACGGCAAGCUGCAGGUGUCCUUCGCGGCGCCCCGCGAGGCGGACCUGCCCCUCGAUGCCGGCCCCCCCACGGCGGACAGGAAGUGGAUCCGCCCCGACCUCCCCUCCCGAUGCACCUGGAGGCUCGGGGGGUCCGACCUCGACUCCCCCCACACGCACCCGCAGAGAGUGUCAAGCCCCAACAUCCUGCCCAACAUCCUGGACCGCAUCGGGGACACGCCCCUCGUCCGCAUCAACAAGAUCUCCAAGAUGUUCGGACUGAAGUGCGAGCUGCUGGCCAAGUGUGAGUACUUCAACGCGGGCGGCAGUGUGAAGGACCGGAUCAGCCUGCGGAUGGUCGAGGACGCCGAGCGCGCCGGACUCCUCAAACCCGGGGACACCAUCAUCGAGCCCACCUCCGGAAACACAGGCAUCGGCCUGGCGCUGGCCGCGGCCGUGAAGGGGUACCGCUGCAUCAUCGUGAUGCCCGAGAAGAUGAGCAUGGAGAAGGUGGACGUGCUGCGGGCGCUGGGCGCUGAGAUCGUCCGCACGCCGACCAGCGCGCGCUUCGACUCCCCCGAGUCCCACGUGGGCGUGGCCUGGCGCCUGAAGAACGAGAUCCCCAACUCCCACAUCCUGGACCAGUACCGUAACCCUAGCAACCCGCUGGCCCACUACGACACCACGGCCGAGGAGAUCCUGAGGCAGUGUGAUGGUAAGGUGGACAUGCUGGUCGCUGGAGCGGGGACGGGAGGCACCAUCACCGGCGUCGCCCGCAAGCUGAAGGAGCGAUGCCCCAACGUCAAGAUCGUGGGCGUGGACCCUGAGGGCUCCAUCCUGGCUGAGCCUGAGGACCUGAACCGGACCGAUACGACCCAGUACGAGGUGGAGGGGAUCGGAUACGACUUCAUACCCACCGUGCUGGACCGGACCGUGGUGGACUCCUGGUUCAAGUCCAACGAUGAAGACUCCUUCAACAUGUCCCGCCUCCUCAUCAAGGAGGAGGGGCUUCUGUGUGGCGGGAGCUCCGGGACGGCGAUGGCGGCGGCGGUGAAGAUGGCCCGGGACCUGAAGGAGGGCCAGCGCUGUGUGGUCAUCCUGCCGGACUCCAUCCGCAACUACAUGUCCAAAUUCCUCAAUGAUAAAUGGAUGCUCGAGAAGGGUUUCCUGAGGGAAGAAGACCUGAUGAUCACCAAACCCUGGUGGUGGAACCUGAGGCUGCAGGGUUUGAACCUGUGCGCCCCCCUCACUGUGUUGCCGUCGGUUACCUGUCAGAAGACCAUCAAGAUCCUGAAGGAGAAGGCCUUCGACCAGGCUCCCGUGGUGGACGAGUCGGGGGUGAUCCUGGGCAUGGUAACCCUGGGCAACAUGCUGGCGUCGGUGCUGGCGGGGAAGGUGAAGCCGUCGGACCCGGUCAGCAAGGUCCUCUACAAGCAGUUCAAACAGAUUCGUCUGACGGACAACCUGGGCAAGCUGUCCCGUAUCCUGGAGACGGACCACUUCGCCCUGGUGGUCCACGAGCAGAUCCAGUACCUGACGGACGGCUCCACCUCCCUGAAGCAGAUGGUCUUCGGCGUGGUCACGGCCAUCGACCUCCUCAACUUCGUCACCGCCAGGGAGAAGCGGGAGAGGACCCUGUCCGAGUGCGCCGACGACUACUGACCCCCGGUCCGCAGAGUCUACAUGUUGCCCUGGACACGCCUUCCCCCGUUCUCUGAUUGAUGGUCGCCGCUGUUGAGGGGCUGGUCUUUGUCACUGCUUAGAACUAUGCACGCACGCACACACGCUCUGUUACAGGUGUUUGAUUGGGUCAGGAGCAGAACUGUGCUUGGGCUCAUAGUGAAAGAAUGUUGAACACGUUAAAUGUUUAUUAAAGUGAGGAGAAAGGUA